GCCACUGUAAGGUGGUGUAAUCCAUCGUGAGGUAUAAUAGUGAAGGAGGUGGAAUGUGUUUGUCGUUGCUACAACAAACAACAAAGAACUUAUUUUAUAAAUUCAAGUUGUAUUCCAAUGGAAUUGAGUAUUGAUCGAUUAAUUGAAUCAGAAUAAUGAGAAAAUAUGAAAAAAUAUGAAAAAAAUAAUGGUCAAACCAAAAGUUUUAGAAGACAGACAAAAUGCACAAGAAGAGAAUUUAGAACAACAAAAAGAAAGAAUUUUCGCGAAAGAGCUACAUUUUCAGAAUAUUCUAGCAGAAAAAUAUGACAAAUAUGGUGCUAAAGAUAAAUUUAUUUAUUCUUUGUACAAUGAUUUAUUGAAAAAUUUUGUAAUCGAGUUGGAUGGAUAUUUGUUACCUAAAAAGUUUAUUACCUCACACAUAUGUAAUAAUAAAAUAUGCGGAAUUUUUAAUAAUAAAAAUGAAAAUGAAGGUACGUCCUUAGAAGAUAUUACAGAAACGAAAUUUGAUGAAAACAAUGAUCUUAUAAGAGAUAAAACAAAUAAAUUAUAUUUAAGAUCAAGUUUAAAAGAGGAACAUAUUCAUUUCUAUUUUCUCAAUAAUAAUAGCUAUUGUGGUUGUACAAGUAGAAAAAUGAUGAACGGAGAAGGAUUAUAUAAAUGGCAUCAUGGUAUACAAUAUAAGGGUCAGUUUAAGGAAAAUCAAAUACAAGGUAGGGGACUUUUAGAAUGGCAGAGUAAUUGUUGGUACGAAGGAGAAUUUAUGAAAGGUUAUCGCCAUGGUAAAGGUACACUGGUGGACAAAGAUCAUUAUCGUUUGUAUAUAGGUCAAUGGCACAUGGGAUACAGGCAUGGAAAAGGUUAUUGUUGUUACGCUGAUGGUGACUCAUAUGACGGAGAGUGGUCAAUGGGUAAAAGAAAUGGUAUAGGUUUUUAUGUGUAUUCAAGCGGAGCUCGAUAUAAAGGCCAUUGGAAAAAUGAUUUUCGACAUGGAAAUGGAAUUAUGGCAUGGCCCAAUGGCGAUGUUUAUCAUGGAGAAUGGGAAUGUGGAGAUAUACAUGGGUCAUUAAUUAUUCUUUUGGUCUUUCUUUUCUCUUUUUCAUUAUUAAAAAUUAACGUGAUUGAUACAAUUUUAAUAAUUAAUAGUUAUGGUGAAUAUAUAUGGCAUGGCUUUUGUAACAAAAAUUUCUGUUGGCCACAAAGUAUUUUAUAUUUUGGCAAUUGGUAUCACAGUACAAAACAUGGAAAAGGUUUAUUGAAGUUGAACUCAAUGGGUGGUGUAAAGUAUUUUGGCUAUUGGAAAUAUAAUAAGAAACAUGGUUAUGGAAUAAUAAUUGGAAAUAAUGGAGAAUUAAUGGAGGGUCAACCUUUAUAUUCCAAAGAUAUUCUAACUUCUUCACAUGCAAAUAAGAUAUCGAAUAUCCUGAAACCUCGUACAGCUACAGUUUUAAGGCCAGAACAAUUUCCAUCUUUAUCGUACCAUAUAAAUCGUUUAAUUAAAUUAUCAUCAAUGACAAACUUUUCAGUUUGUUCUCGUUCCUUAGGAAAAUGUUAUGUUUGUAAACAACAACAACAACAACAGUCAUGCUCUUGUUUGCUUCAAUUUUCGUUUCAAACAAGGUAUGAACCAAAUAUUCGCAUAAACAGUAUCGAUAUAAAAUGGCAAUCUGAACAAAAUCAAAUAUAUGAUUAUUUAACAAUGCACAUGUUACAAAUACGACAUGUCUAUGACAUUUAUGCAAAAUUAUUUAACAAGGAAGAAUCUAAUUGUAAGUGUCACUUUGUUAUGAUUAAACUGACACUUUGGCAAUUAUGGCGUGAUUGUAACAUUAAUAACAAAGGUUUCAGUUUAAUUGAAAUUGAUAAUUAUCUAGCUGAAAAUGAAUCAAGUUUUAUAACAAAACCAUAUUAUCCAUUUGAACAAAUUGAAAUCUGGCAAUUUUUGCAUGCUUUGCUUGAAGUUUCAUGGCGCAUUUAUUACUGGAAAGAUAAUCAAAUAAAACUAAAAAAACAAUGGGAACACGGAGUGAUAGCAAAAUGUUUAAAUGAAUUUCUCACACAUGAUGUGUAUCCCAAUGCUGGAAAUUUUAUUGGUGUGAUUCCACGUGAAUUUAAUAUUCUUCUGCCAAUUAAUUCUAUAUAUAAACUUUACAAACAAAUAGGAUAUCCACCAACUGCAACAGAUCUGUUAAUAGCAAGUGUUAGAAAUCGUAAAAUAGGUGCUAAUGUACCUUCAAUAACCCAAACUACUUUAAUUAUGCCAGAAUACAUUUUCAAUGGAUUAAAUUGUGUUAUAAUUGGUGAAAGAAUUCAUUUUCUUUCAAGAGGUGAUAAAUCUUUUCUGCAAACAAAUUAUAAAAUGCAGAAAAUUGACAAAUGGCUGAGUAAUGACACGAGAGAAUUAUUCCUUUUCCAAGAACUAGGACCGACUAAAAUAGUACAGAUUAUGACAAAAGUCUGUCCUUCAAUCAAGAAUAAUGAUAAUCAAACAAUUCUUAACAUGAAUUAUUUAUUGACAUUUCUUGAAUUUUAUGAAAUCAUAUUACAAGCUGCAAAGUGUAUAGUAAAAUUGCGGAAAAAUGAAAAUGUUUCGACAUAAAAAGUAUAGAUUCCUUUGCAUUAUUUAUUGUCAGUCGAAACACAGUAAUGUUUGUCAAUUAUCCAGUAAAAUGUUUGGUAACAACUUUUGUAUACAUUAAAAAUUACUUGUUUAACCUUUUGCGGUCCGAGCGCUCUUCAUCUUUUCGUUCUAACAGGUCCGCGCUGAAUUUGCAAGUCGCUUAUCCGCUUGGUAGCGUUUACUUUGGAAAACAUUUAUGAUCUUACAAACGUAACGUAUUUAUGAAUUAGUAGAUAUAUAAAACAAAAUAAAAUAAAAUAAAAUAAAAUAAAAUAAAAUAAAAUAAAAU